GUUAUAAUAAUGUCAAUAAAAUUCUUGGAAAUCCAAUUAGCGAUAGGGCUCUUCGAAAAGUUGUAUUUUUGUAUAAGUUGAAAGAAUGCAACCUCCGUUAGUGUGGAUCAGUGAAAGUGGUGCUGUUUGCGGAUAAAUUGACGCCACAUGAAAGCGUAGCUGAGCUGCUGUAAAGUGAAGGGAAAAGUCACCAAGAGAAUUUAUAAAUAUUGGUCGAUUCUCGCGGCUGAUUUUAGUGAUUUGCACGCUGAGCAAUCGACCAGUUGUGUACUAACGAAGAAUUUUCGUUUUCACAAAAAAGAAAUUUAAAAAAAAGCAGUUAUGGAACUAAGGAUAACAUUACUAUUUGUUGGGUUGGUCUGUUUGGCCGCGUGGACUCAAGCAAAACCCGCCGGCGAUGAUUACGAGUACGAAGAUCAUCCGGCUCCUGCGCCAAAAAGAAAUAAUUUAUUAUUAAAUAGAAGAAAUCCUUUAUCUAGAAAUAAUGCUAAGACUACUACUACAACUACACAGGAACCAUUACCGGAAGAAGAGGAAGUCCCCGCCGACGAGGAAGAAGAAGUCGAAGAAGAAGCACCAGCUGAGCCAUCUUCAACCACGGAACCACCAAGAAAAUUAAAAGGUGGAAUUUUAAGACCGUUUAGAAGUAAUGACGAUUUAUUGGCUGCUUUAAAAAGGAGGAGAGAACAAGCUGCGUCUGCCAAAUCUCAUAAAUCUCAACCGGUAGAAGCGGAUUCGGAGCCUCAACAAGAACCAGCUCCUAAACCAACGAAAGCACCAGCUUCUUCUUCAUCGGGUAGAAGGCGGUUUAAUAGCGGAUCUAAACAAGAUAACGCAGAAGCCGAACCAGCUGGAACAAGCGCACCAGCCAGAACUGGUAGAAGAUUUAAUGGUAGAUCGUAAAAUAAAA